GAGAAUUAAAGAAGUGAGAGGAAUGUGGUUGCAAAAGAAUCAAUGGGACAGGAAGGAUGGGGUGAAUGGAAUAGUGGCAGUGGCAAUAGACACAGAUAAAGGAAGCCAAAAUGCACUCAAAUGGGCCGUUGACCAUCUCACCACAAAAGGUUCAACUAUUGUUCUCAUCCAUGUCAAGGUUAAACAAGCACCACCAUCUUCUAAUUCAACCCCAAGGGCAGGGAUGAAUAGCAUUCUUGAGCAGGGUUCAGUGGUGGGCAAAGAACCUGAUGAACAAACCAAAGAAAUUUUCCGUCCAUAUCGUGUCUUUUGUGCGCGAAAAGAUGUACACUGCAAGGACGUUGUAGUAGAACAUGGAGAUGUAUGCAAAGCUUUAAUUGAAUAUACUUCUCAAUCAGCAAUUGAGCAUUUGGUUCUAGGCUGUUCCAACAAAAAUGGUUUUCUCAAAAGGUUCAAGGUGGUAGAUAUUCCAGCAACAAUAUCAAAAGGGGCACCAGAUUUUUGUACAGUAUAUGUUGUUGGUAAAGGAAAAAUUCAAUCAAUGCGAUCAGCUUCUCGUGCUGCUCCUUCAUUUUCACCUCUACAAUCCCAACUUAGUCAUUCUAGUCCAAAGUCAGAACAACCAGAACCUCGUGUGCCAGUCGUAACUAAAGCACCUGAGAGGAAGUCAUUUGAAGGGCAAACACGUAGAUCACAAGAUGGGAUGGAAUCAUUCAGGUCACCAUUCACUAGGAGACGUCCAAAUGAUAGGUCAUAUGGAGAACUUUCUAUGCCAGAAGGUGACAUAUCUUUUGUAAGCUCAGGAGGAAGGCCAAGUACGGAUCGUUUAUUCCCUUCUGUAUAUAACCACAACUGCAAUCCAGAUCAGUCAAGCUUUUCCAACCCUAGGCUAUCAUAUAGUUCUGAUACUGAUGGAAACUAUAGCUUUGAGUCAAACAAUUAUGGAAGAAGGUCUAUUGAUAUUGGCACUCCUGAUCACUCAUCUUUCUCAUUUGAUAGUGAUGGAUUUUCUUCUUCUGCAUCAAAUGUGGAUGAUGUGGAGGCUGAAAUGAGAAGACUGAAGUUGGAGCUAAAGCAAACAAUGGAAAUGUACAGUACAGCCUGUAAAGAAGCACUCACGGCACAGCAGAAGGCUGUAGAACUCCAAAGAUGGAAAUUAGAAGAAGAGAGGAGAUUGGAGGAGGCAAGAAUGGCUGAAGAAUCUGCAUUGGCUGUAGCAGAAAUGGAAAAGGCAAAAUCAAAAGCAGCAAUUGAAGCUGCUGAAGCACAAAGGAGGAUAGCAGAACUUGAAGCACAAAAGAGAAUUAGUGCAGAAAUGAAAGCUCUAAGAGAAUCAGAAGAGAAAAGAAAAGUAGUUGAUUCUUGGACAAACCAAGAUGUGAGGUAUAGAAGGUAUGCAAUUGAGGAGAUUGAAGCUGCGACGAGUUUCUUCACUGACUCGCUUAAGAUUGGAGAAGGUGGUUAUGGUCCCGUUUAUAAAUGUCUUCUAGACCAUACUCCUGUCGCAGUUAAAGUUCUCCGUCCUGAUGCACAACAAGGAAGGUCCCAGUUUCAACGAGAGGUUGAGGUAUUAAGUUGCAUAAGGCAUCCAAACAUGGUUCUCCUCCUAGGAGCCUGUCCGGAAUACGGCUGCCUUGUUUAUGAGCACAUGGCGAACGGAAGUUUGGAUGAUUGUCUCUUUUGUAGGGGAAACACUCACCCACUACCUUGGCAGCUAAGGUUCAAAAUUGCAGCUGAAAUAGGCACAGGCUUACUCUUCCUCCACCAAACAAAACCUGAGCCACUAGUACAUAGAGACCUUAAACCAGCAAACAUCUUGCUUGACCGCAACUACGUCGCAAAGAUUAGUGAUGUUGGUUUGGCAAGACUAGUACCGCCAUCAGUAGCAGACAAUGUGACACAAUAUCGAAUGACAUCGGCUGCCGGAACAUUCUGUUACAUAGAUCCUGAGUACCAACAGACAGGAAUGUUGGGAGUGAAAUCUGAUAUUUACUCACUUGGGAUAAUUUUCUUGCAAAUUUUGACAGCAAGACCACCAAUGGGAUUGACACAUCAUGUUGGUAGAGCUAUUGAGAAGGGAACAUUUAGUGAGAUGUUGGAUCCAAGACUGACAGAUUGGCCAGUUGAAGAGGCUAUGGGGUUUGCUCAGAUGGCUAUAAGGUGUGCUGAGUUAAGGAGGAAAGAUAGACCUGAUCUUGGUAAAGAGAUUAUGCCUGAACUUAAUAGGUUAAGAGAACUUGCUGAAAAUAAUGAUCACCAUUAUAUGUUUAGUGGAUUUACAAGUCCUUCUACUCAGAGCCAAGUCUCUCUUCAGAUGGAUGGAUCAAGUUCUUCACUUCCUUAUUCAGAGAAUAGCACAAGAAAUGUAUCAAGCCCUCUUUGAUAGGUCAAGAGAAGAUCCAUCCAAGUAUGAAGUGUAAAUAUUUAGGUUAAUUGAUAUGUGUGUAUUGUAACGUAUAGCAUGCCUUGAUUACUCAAUUUGUGCAUGUAAAUUGAUUUAAUUAUUUUUUUAAUUCGAAUUAGAUUGCAAAAGCAAUAUAGUCUUAGUCUAAGAACAUUAAGUCAAGUUACACCAAAGUCUCUUUAGAGACUGGCUACUUGUAUAUCUGGGAUCGAAUCCUAGCCGUGUAACAUUGCAUGUAUUUUAAUUUUAAUAUAAUACAUAUAACAGUCCAAAGUAAUCCUUUUGCAAAUACCCUAAAUCAUCAUUUUCAAGAUUAUUCAUUAUUCAAUUUAACCCUCCUAAUUUUUG